CCGCCGUGACGUCAUAUGGGCGCGGCCAGCGCCCCAAGCUGCGGCGCACCUCCGGGCGUCGACCAAUCAGCGACGAGACCGGCUUCCCCUCGAACGCAGAUGGCCUGUGAUAAAGAGCAGCAGCUGAUGCAACACUGGCUUCACAUAACACCAAGAGCAUCACGCACGACACACGCCCGAGCGAGUAACUCGUUUAGACCAACUCCAAAGCCAGUCGGACUGCCUCCAGAACUGGUUACAAGUAUGGCCGUCAUCAGAACCCUCAGCAAGGUGGCCAAGCAGGCGUGCGGCUGCCGGCCCUUGGCGGUGGCGGUGCGCUCCAUCAGCUUCUCGCCGCGCCAGGUCACGUCCGACGCCAGCUUCCACUCGGUGUCCUUCUCCGAGACGGACCACCCCAAGGUGCUCAUCACGGGUGGCCUGGGGCAGCUCGGCGUGGGGCUCGCCAAACUCUUACGGAAGCAGUUUGGAAAAAACAACGUCAUCCUGUCCGAUAUCAGGAAGCCGUCAAGCAGCGUUUUCCACAGCGGCCCGUUCAUCUACUCGGACAUUUUGGACUACAAGAACCUGCGGGAGAUCGUGGUGAACAACCGCAUCACUUGGCUGGUCCACUACAGCGCUCUUCUCAGCGCCGUGGGCGAGGCCAACGUGGCCCUGGCCAGAUCCGUCAACAUCACCGGCCUCCACAACAUCCUGGACAUCGCCGCCGAACACGGCCUGCGUCUGUUCGUCCCCAGCACCAUCGGCGCUUUCGGACCUACGUCGCCGCGCAACCCCACGCCCGACCUGUGCGUGCAGAGGCCCCGCACCAUUUACGGUGUCUCCAAAGUCCACGCGGAGCUCAUGGGCGAAUACUACCACCAUCGCUACAGCCUGGACUUCCGCUGUCUCCGCUACCCUGGAAUAAUUUCCGCCGACUCCAUGCCCGGCGGGGGCACGACAGACUACGCGGUGCAGAUCUUCCACGACGCUCUCAAGACGGGCAAGUUUGAGUGCUUCCUGCGGCCCGACACCAGGCUUCCCAUGAUGUACAUCGACGACUGCUUGCGCGCCACCCUGGAGGUGCUGGAGGCGCCGGCCGACACGCUCAGCAUGCGCACGUACAACAUCAACGCCAUGAGCUUCUCGCCCGAAGAGCUGGUGCGGGAGCUGCGCAAGCACAUGCCCGAGCUGGAGGUCUCGUACAACGUGGACCCCGUCCGGCAGGCCAUCGCCGACUCCUGGCCGAUGGACUUUGACGACUCCAACGCCAAGCGCGACUGGGCCUGGAAGCACGACUACGACCUGCCCGAGAUGGUGCAGACCAUGCUCAACUUCCUCAGCGGCGACACACGCAUGGCCCACGCCAACUAGCCGCGCGGCGCCUGAGCUAAGCUAACGCAGCUUUUUUGUACAUAGUGUAUAGAAUGACCAAAGAGGGAUACACACUUGAGGUGGUGGCCUGUGUACAUAGUCGUUUUCUCUCUCUUUUUCUCUCUCUCUCUCUUGCUCGCUCGCGGUGCCCUUUAGAAAAAGCAAUCCUGUGCAAGGAGGUGUGCUGAGAAAUACUUUUGCAGAAUUCUUUUGUUUAUUCCACAAUAUAAUUUAUUCUUUCUAUUGGUGUUCAGUGAAAGCUCUUUUAAUAUUUCCAAUUGAUUAUUUUUUUUGUCUGAGAUGUGUAAAUGGUUACGAAAAAGCUUGUCAACAUUCUGUCUGCGUUAUUUUCAGGGAAAAACUGCUUUCUUUGUUUCUUUUCUGCUGUUACAAUAUUUUUGUGGACAAUAAACUACUUUUUUGGCAUA